AGUACAACGUAAUUAUGUUUGUGUUUGUGGCUUGUUAUUCUACAUACAGGAGCUAGCUAGCUAGCUCAGAGCUUUGAGAGUGAACGUUGCUAAAUAUAUAGCUAGCUAGGGAUAGCUACCAAUCCAUCAUGGAGCAGAAGACAAUGCAGAUGAUUUAUUUCUUACUAUUUAAUAUAGUCUACCUGGCCCUGGGGUUCACCAUGUUCGGCUAUGGGAUAUUCUCUGUACAGAGCAUGCAGCAGUACGGCUCGUUCAGUCAAAAUUCGUUUAUCGCAGGGGCAUGCAUUUUUAUCGCUGUGGGAGCCCUUAAGGUUGUCUUUAGCUUGAUUGGCUUUGUAGCCACCUUCAAGCACAAGAAACCUCUAAUGGCUGUGUAUGUUUCUGUCGUUGUGUUUUUGAUGUUCAUGACGUUCAUAGCGGCCAUCUACGCCUUUCAAGCCAGAGUACCAGCUUGGAGAGCCACAGAGACUAGGUUACAAGCUGCCUAUGCUCCUGGUACCAACGAGACAGCUGACCUACUGGCAGUACAAAAUAAUUUGGACUGCUGUGGAGUGAUGGGGGGUGACCUGAAUGGUAGAAUGUGCACCAGCACAAGGUCUAUUGACCUUGUAUACGGACAGGGAUGUCUGCAACAACUGGGGCUGCUGUUUGUGGAGGAGCUCUACUCAAUCGGAGCUAUCGGAAUGGCCUUUGGAGUGUUUGAAGCAACAUCAAUACUGGUGGCUAUGCAGCACGUGCAAGGCUAGGCAUUGAUAAUUACACAGUAGGCCAUUGUACAUGUUUGUUUUACGAGAAAAACUCACAUAAUAACCACAUUAUAUACUACGUACGUGUACCUGAUUUUUUUUAUACUUGUCAAAAAAAGUUGUCUAUCAUUCA